AUGACGUAUCUAACGAGUAAACUUUUUUCCCAAAAUAAGCGCGCGCUGUUGCACUUUAAGCACGCAAUGAGCGCACAAGACGACAGUAAAAUCAAGGGCGCGGCGAGUGGUGGGAGCAACGCUUCCGCUUCGGUGGUGGUGCCGUGCUUCCCGUUGAAUCUGUACGCGCGCCGUCGCGCCGCAGCGGCGGCGAAAACCGUGAAGAGCGCUUCCUCGCGCGUUGCUGAAGCGGAAGACGACGACGACGAAGGUGAAGAAGAAGAAGAAGAAGAAGAAGAGGUGAAAGAAGAAGAAGAGGAAGAGCGAGUUGGCGUGCGCACGCGAAAGCAGCAGCAGCUCGCCGCGAAGAAGAAGAAAGAGCGCGAUGAUGUGCUCUUCUCCACUCGACGACUCGGCGUCGAACAGUUACUCAAAGAGAAACCGCUUUCGGAAACGCAGCCGUAUCGAUGCGGAAAAACGUAUUUGGAUACGAGAAACUACGAGAUUGAUAUGGUCGAGCAAAGCAUGCACGGGGAGAAGCUGUACAAAGUUUUCGAAAGCAGUUUGAAAAGAGCGAGCGAUAAGAGCUUUUCUUUGCUCUUCCACGGCACGGGGUGUAAAGCGACGGAGGAUAUCAUGCAAAAUGGUAUGAAUCCCAAAUUGAGAGUGUCGUCGAGCGGCGAUUGGUUUACGAAGGAUAUUAAUUACGCCUUGACGCGGGCGAUUUGUCGCGUUUCCUCGGUGGAAGUGUGCGGCGGUUCCUCCGCAUCGGCUCACCCAACCCACGGUGUGAUCGCCUCGCCGCCACGGAACGGGGAGGAAUUUACCAAUGAAAUCUCUCCGCGCGUUCACGUCCUCGCGUUCGUGGUCAUCGACGAGCGAUGCGUGAAAAUUGGCGACCACAUCGUCUGCGAUUCGGAGAAGCACUCGUUGCCGGUGUUCAAACUUUCCUUCCCUCGCAACGUCCUUCCGCCGUCGAAAGACGACGUCGAGGGGAAGCAACCAAACGGUAUCAUUCAUUCGCCGGCAUCUAGACUCGCCUCUAUGGCGAUUAAGAGGUUACACCACCCGUCCACGCCGAAGAAGUGA